AUGCCCGCGGCGGGCGACGCGCCUACUGAGAAGCGACUACGAAGAUUCCGUCCGAACCCUCCCAACUCCUUCCACGAACUCUAUGAUCGCGCCACAACCCAGCGCUUCUACGUGCUAUCUCGCACCCGCUGCGGCACAGCCGACUUACCCGAGGAAAGAGUCGAGCUGACCGGGUCGACCGGCAACAUCUACACAGUGGUGAUCACGCGGCAGCCGAGAUGCGACUGCCCGUAUGCGCGCAAGGGCAACCAGUGCAAGCACGUGCUGUACGUCCUGUCGCGCGUCUUGCACGCCAAAUGGGAGUAUGUCUACCAGCUUGCGCUGUUGAGCGAGGAGUUGAGGGAGAUCUUCCGGGAUGCGCCGCCUCCAGCGUCGGACGGCGAUGAGGGGGGUGCCGGCGAUGGGCGGCGCAAGCCGGUUGAGGGCGACUGUCCGAUAUGCUUCUGCGAGAUGGAGGCGUCGGGAGGGGAGCCGGUGGUCUGGUGCCGCGCGGCGUGCGGGCAGAAUAUACAUAAGGCGUGCUUCGAGACGUGGGCGACUACUAAGCGGCAGCAGGGCGCGGGUCGUGGCGGGAACGGGGACGUGACUUGUCCGUAUUGCCGUAGUGUUUGGCAGGGUGACGAGGAUAUGAUCCGGACGAUCGAGAAGAAGGGCAAACGGAAUGCUGAGGGCUAUGUCAAUGUGGCGUCUCAGCUGGGCAUCAGCACACAACGAGACUAUUCCACAUAUUCGAGAUGGUGGUCGGGCCACCCAUCUAGCUAUCGGCGGCAAUACUAUUGA